CGGGUGGCAGCGCAGGCGGCAGCGGGAGGGUGCGCAGCCGAGAGGAGACAGAGUGGGUGCCGAGAUCAUGGCUGGAGGCAAAGCUGGAAAGGACAAUGGGAAGGCCAAGGCUAAAGCAGUGUCUCGCUCACAGAGAGCUGGGCUGCAGUUUCCUGUGGGCUGCAUCCACAGACACUUGAAGACUCACACCACAAGCCAUGGAAGGCUGGGUGCCACUGCUGCCGUGUACAGUGCUGCAAUUCUGGAGUACCUCACUGCUGAGGUACGGGAGCUGGCAGGUAACGCUUCCAAGGAUCUCAAAGUGAAGCGCAUCACUCCACGGCACUUACAGCUCGCAAUCCGUGGUGAUGAGGAAUUGGAUUCUCCCAUCAAAGCAACCAUAGCUGGGGGGGGUGUGAUCCCUCACAUCCACAAAUCUCUGGUUGGAAAGAAGGGACAGCAGAAAACAGCUUAG